AAAACAAAACUCUUGUCUAUGUUUCAUUACUUCUACACUUUCACUACAUCACUUACUUUCUUCAGUUUGAAAUUCCAAAAAAAUACAUUCUUCCUGUUUUAGGCAGAGGAAUGACUCAUAGCUUCUCAUCUGAAAUGACUAGCCCAAUGCGGUCAGCGCGAUUAAAAUCUAGAGUUGGGUACAGAUUCCAUCCGACAGAUGAAGAACUGGUGGGUCACUUUCUGAUGAGGAAGCUGCUUGGUUACAAUGAUGAGGAUGUACCGAUUCCUGAGAUUAAAGUCUGUAACUUUGAACCUUGGGAUCUUCCUGAUCUCUUGAAGCAAGAACAGGAUGAUCUAGUGUGUCAUUUUUUUUCUCCUCGAGAUUAUAAGUAUUUAGGUAGUCUUCGGUCUAACAGGACGACCAAGGCGGGGUUUUGGAAACCCACGGGCAAGCCUCGCAAUGUGAUUGAUAGUGUUACCAAGAAUGUCAUUGGUACUAAAAAGUCUCUGGUUUUUUAUGUAAAAGAUCAUCCUAAACCGGUUAGAACCAAAUGGAUCAUGCACGAGUAUGAUCUUCCUGCAAAUUCCAACUCGACGAUUAAGAGAAGUUUUCUGCUCUACAAACUCAAAGUAAAGCCGGAUGGGAAGGUAAAUGAAGGAGAUCCAAAUUAUAUGGCAUCGCCUGCGGAAACAGAAAGUCAAAAUUUAAGCGUGAUCACUGAAGUUGGCAACGAACAUCAAAAUGAGAUGAGCACAGAUUUCACCUGUGAUGGAACUGAACCAAGCUACCAGCUUGUUAAUGACCCUGAAAAUUCAAGUCCAAAUGAUGUGACUUCAAUGUCCCCCUAUGAAAGUGUAUUGAUGUCCCCUGAUUUUGAAAAUCAAAAUGUACAUAAUGCUGCAGAAUCUACAACUUUGGAGGUAGAGACCAUUUUUGAUGAGCUGGAGGCAUUACUUGAACUAGACGACAUCAUUAACUCUGAGCUUUUCUCGCCAAUAAGCACAGAAGGUGAUGACCUCUCUUACAGUUAUGCGCGUAAUCAAGCACAAGAAACUGCAACCGGCAUCCUGUUUAUCUGAAUUCUGCAAUUU